AUGAAGCACCAUCUCUCUACCAUCUCUGUCUUGGCACUGGCCUGCCAGAGCCUGGUGGCCGCAAAAGAAUUCAAUAUUAAGAAGUUCUCAUCAUUAGUUAUUUUUGGUGAUAGCUGGACCGACCAGGGCAUUUACUCAUACAUACCAAACGAGAAUGGCACCCUUCCUGACCCCAAACCAGUCACAUCCACAGGUGGCCGGAACUGGCCGCAGUAUAUUAAACAGUACUCAAAUCAGGUCAACAUCUACGACUAUGCUGUCAGCGGAGCGAUGUGCGACACUUUAUUCUCCCCAACUAACCGAAACGGCAUUGUGCAAAACCAAGUGCCAGCCUUUCUCAAAGAUCUCGCCUGGAAGAAUCAGACUUCGAAUCAGCCUGCGCUCAAGGUCCCCGCUGAAGAAACAGUGUAUGCAGUCUGGAUCGGGACAAAUGACCUUGGAUACGCUAGUUUCCUCGCAGAGCAGCAACCGCAUGACAUGCCUCUCACGGCGUUUAGUAACUGCGUAUAUGAACAGUUGGAUCGAGUGUAUGAGGCUGGAGGUCGAUUCUUCGUGAUUAUGAACUUGGGAGCGCUCGAACUCACGCCCCUAUAUGCGACACUUGAGAAUAACGGGGUUCCGACGUCUAGAUUCUGGAAAGAUAAGUCACUUUACGACGCGAACAUAACCCGCACAAGCGAAAAGAUGCGCCAAUAUAGCGCUACCCUUAACACUUUGUUUGAGUAUCAAACGCCUUAUGAAGUCCAACUGGCAAAGCGCUAUCCGAAAAGCUCUUUCGCAUUGUUUGAUACCGCCAGCCUGAUUUCGAAAAUGUGGCAUGACCCAGGGAGCUACCUCAAUGGGACUACUGAGCUGAACGUUACGGGAUCGUAUCUUGGGUGUAUUGAGAGUGGAUGCAAACUUUCGAACCCAGACCCAGAUAGCUUUCUCUGGUACGACGAGCUCCAUCCAUCAGAACAAGCCAAUCGUUGGUUUGCGAGAGAAUUCAUUGAUGUUGUUAAAGGACAGAGCAAUCUGGCAAAGUAUUGGAAGUCCAAAUAA